AUGCACGGCCUCCUUUACAUCGUCGACCGCACCGUGGCCCAACCGUGGCUAGUCGAAUACCGCUCCGUGUCGCUUCUAUCCGUGCGCGCGACCGCGUCGAUCAAGCACCUCUCCGCCUCGGUCAAACUGCUCCAAGAAUACAAGAACGAGACGAAUCACACUCAGGACUGCACAUAUGUCUUCCCCGUACCUGAUCGAGGAGCGGUGUGUGCUUUCGAGAUGGUCAAGCAGACCGGGACGAGGGUGAAGGGAGUCGUCAAGGACAAACAGGAGGCCAAGAAGGAGUACGAGGAAGCUAAAGAGGAGGGCAAGUUGGCCAGCUUAUUGAUUCAAGAGAGCCCUGAUAGUAAGUGCAGUUGGAGCCUAAUCUCGGUUGUACAAAGUCUUUGCUGACUUGAGCUCGUUGGGUAUGCAGCUUUCCAAAUGCUCGUCGGCAACCUCUUGCCUCAAGAACGAGUCACGAUCCAAUUCGAAUAUGUGACCGAGCUUACCGAGGAUGAACAGAACGAUUCGAUCCGCUUCCACCUCCCUAUGCACAUUGGUCAACGAUACGGCGACAAGGACUUGGUGUCUUCCCCUUCGGCCUCUCGGGCCUCGACUUCGGAAACGACCUUUUUCGACUUGACCACUUCGAUCGAGGCCCUGUCAGCCAUCAGCAAGAUCACGUGCCCUUCGCAUACCGUCUCGACCGAAUUGGGACCCGACGCGUCGAUCGCCGACCAGGUCCCCGCCCAGGAAGUUCCAAAUUUCGCAACCGUGUCCUUUUCUUCCCCUCGAGCACUCGACAAGGACUUUGUGCUUUCGAUCGUCGCCAAAUCUUUCGAUAACCCUCGAUGUAUCGCCGAACGACAUCCUUCGAACCCUUCUUCGGCACUCUCGAUCACUCUCGUCCCCAAAUUCAACGCCCCUGAAUUUGAAGAGCAGGAAUACCUCUUCCUCGUCGAUCGUAGUGGGUCGAUGGAUGGCGAUCGCAUUUCGAUGGCCAAGAAGGCGUUGGUCGUCUUGUUGAGAAGCUUGCCGAGUCGCAGGGGGACCGGCUUCAACAUCGUCUCGUUUGGGAGUGGUCAUGAGGCGUUGUGGAAGGGUGGCAGUCGGGUCUAUGAUCAGGUGAGUCGAGUAGUGGUCCGUACUUGAGUCCAUCAAAAAUGGGUACUGACUGACCUCAAUACCACACAGAGUACCUUGGAUCGUGCGACCAAGCUCGUCGACUCGAUGGAAGCCAACUUUGGUGGCACAGAGAUGAAAGCCGCGCUCGAAGAGACUUUUGCCCUACGUCGCAAGACCACGCCGACUUCCGUCUUCCUCCUCACUGAUGGAGAUGCGUGGGACCUUUCGAACGUCUUCGACACCGUUCGGCAAGCCGUUGAUUCGGCGGGUACGCGAACGCCUUUGAGGGUCUUUGUUCUGGGCAUCGGUAACUCGGCGUCGACGGCCAUGUGCGAGGGUAUUGCCAGGAUCGGUAAUGGGACGUGUCAGUUCGUCGUCGAUGGCGAGUCGUUCACGGGCAAGACCGCGAGGCUGCUCAAGGCCGCCAAGUCCAAGCCGUUCAGCAAGAUAGAGAUCGACUACGGAGUUAGAGAUCAAGAAGGAGCCACGAAGAUGGAGGCCGUGGAAGAGGACGACAAGGAUUCGGAUUUCGAGAUGGUCGAUCAACCGGAACCCGCUGCGCAGCAAGGGCAGGAAAAAAAGACGCCAGUCUCACUCUUCGACCCAUCCAUCGAUCCUCUCGAAUGCGAAUCCUCUCCGGCCCCCAAGGUCGAACCCGUCAGUUUGGCACCUGCUCCGCGAAUCCAACAGGCUCCAGGCGUGAUCAAAUCGCUCAAUUCUGGGUCGAGGAUGCACGUCUACGCCAUCCUUGAUGAGAGCGUCACAAUUCCCCAAGAGGUCAUCCUUCGUGCCCAGUCUUUCGACGGCGAGGCUUUCGAGCUCAAGAUCCCCGUCGUAAUUUCCCCAACACCUUCCGCCUCGAUCCACGUCAUCGCAGCGAAGAAGCUCAUCCAAGCCUUCGAAGACACCUCAACGACUGCGGACCAACCCCACAAGGACGAACGCCAUCUCCAAGCCGAGAUCGUACGACUCGGAACGACUUACGCGAUCACUUCUUCGCACACUUCUUUCAUCGCCGUCGACGAGUCCGGAUCGUUGGAAGAACGCGCGAAACGACAAACCGCUCGAUCUCGCAACAAUAUGUCACCGACUUAUGGCGCGAUCGGAGGUGGGGCCACCUCAAGAAGGGGAAUGAAGAUGCUUGCUGCUUGUGCGCCCCCGCCUCCGGGUGGUGCAGCUUCGAUGGCAGCUUUCUCAGCUCCCGUCGCGCCUGGACCGAUGAUGGCUCUAGCGGCACCGAUGACGACGAUGAUGGCUCAAACGAAGGGGGCGUCCAAGCUCAGGAAGAGGGCUCAAGUAAUCGGCGGUGGACCGGGACCGGGACCGGGAUCGGCUCCGAGUUCUUUCGAUCUACGAGGCGGUGGGAUGGCGUGCGCUGCUCCGGGUGGUGCGACGAUGGAUCGAUUAGGGCCCCCUGCUGCUGCCGAGAUCGAUUCGGACCGACUCGACAAGAUCGCUCGAGCGCAAGCCUUCGACGGGUCUUUUGAGAAGCUCGUUCUUCAAGUCCUUGGAUUUGCCAAGUUGGAUGAGGAGUGGAAGUCUCGAGUUGGAGUAGAGGAUGAAGAUGUUUUGAUCGCUUUGCUUGUGUUGGCGUAUUGGAAGAAGCACAUGGGCGAGUUGGAGGAGGAAUGGGGGGCGUUGGCGCUCAAGACGAGGGAGUUCGUUCAGCGCCGAUCUGGGGUCGGGGAGAGCGAGGUCGAUGCGUUGGUCACCAAGGCUGAGACGAUCUCGUGA